AUGGCUAUAGAAUACCCGGAUCUGCUCAACACUUCCAUCUUGGAGCUUCAGAAGGGGUUGAACGCUGGACAUUGGACAAGCGUGGAUCUCAUCAAGGCAUACACCGCUCGAGUAGAAGAAGUAGACCCCGUAAUCCACGCAGUGAUCGCGCUCAAUCCCGACGCCCUCGCCCUCGCAGCAUCAUGCGAUGCCCAACGUGCUUCAUCCCCCUCGGCCGCACGCUCUCCGCUCUUCGGCAUCCCCCUACUUAUCAAGGACAAUAUAGCUACCAAGAAGAUGGAUUGCACCGCUGGGAGUCUUGCCCUGGUGGGCGCUAAGACUGCGAGCGACUCCACGGUAGUCAGGAAACUGAAGGAGGCAGGAGCGAUCAUCUUCGGCCGGGCGAACCUCUCGGAAUGGGCCUACUUCCGCAGUUGGGAGAACUCCUCCGGUUUUUCGGGCGUCAACGGCCAGACCUACUGUGCCUUCCACCCGCAAGGCGACCCAUCCGGUUCUUCCUCCGGCAGCGGGGCAGCUAUGGCCGUCGGCCUCGCUGCCGCCACAAUCGGCUCUGAAACGAGCGGGAGCAUCAUCUCCCCUUCGACGAGGAACAACUGCGUCGGCAUGAAGCCUACUAUCGGGCUUGUUUCUCGUACCGGGGUAGUGCCAAUCUCCGCGAGCCAGGACAGUGCGGGACCGAUGUGCGCGACAGUAGACGACUGCGCCAUCAUUCUCGAUGCCAUCGCAGGCCCGGACCCGAAAGACAGUGCUACAUCCAAAGCCCCGACAGACCGGCAGCCCGGUGCGUACCUGGCUGCGGCCCUCGACCUAGGGGCAAUCAAGCGCGCGCGUAUAGGCGUCUCGCACCAGUUCCGCCAGAGCCUCGAGUCGUUCAUAAAAGAAGACCUCGAUUCUGCCGAUCGCCCCAAAUUUGGUGAGAAAGUGCCCCCCAGUCCGUAUAUCUCCAAGACGUUCGACGAGGCGGUGGAGAAGAUCCGCGCGCUUGGGGUGGACCUUGUUGAGGUGGAGCUGGAGUGGAACGACGAAUUGAGCAAACAGCUGGAGAAGGACGAGUUCCAGGUCCUUAUAAGCGAGUUUAAGGUUGAUGUGAACGCUUACCUCGGCGAGCUGGAGGAGGUACCUACGGGGUGCAAGACUCUGGAAGAUCUGAUACAGUUCAAUAUCGACCAUAAGGAGCAGGAGAUGCCGGAGAGAAACGCAAAGCAGGAUAUCUUUGAGAAAGCACUCCUUACGAAAGGACUUGAUGAGCCUGUCUACGUCGAAGCGCGCGAGCGCUGCCUCCGUCAUUCGACGAAGGAAGGCCUCGAUAAGCUCUUCGCCGACAACAAGCUCGACGCAGUCAUCACAUUUUCUGAUAGCGAUGCGAGCCCGGGGAAACUCGUCACUUGGCUCGCGGCUAUGUCGGGCUACCCCCUCUGUUGUGUCCCACUCGGAUUCUUGCCGGAAGACACAGAGCCGACCAAGGUCCUGCCCCUGCGAAGGGCGGCGAAUUUCCCGUUCGGACUGAUCAUGGUUGGCUUACCCUGGACAGAGGCGAAGCUAUUCUCAUACGCUAAAGCGAUUGAAGAAGUUACGCAGGUCCGGAAGGCUGGCAAGCCCUUUGAGGCAGCGAUUCCUCGGACGAAUCUCAAGAAUGUCGUAGAAGUCAGGGCAGCAUAG